UCUGAGCCCUUUGGGAAUUACUAAACUUUCUCUGUUGAACAGCUUUAUCUGCGAGAAAAUAUUUAACUCUUGUUUUUCUACCUGAAGUUUUCUGAUACUGGCCUCAAUGUCCCACCUAGAGAUGAACGAAGAGUCACGGGAGAGUGACCAGAAGUGGCCUGGUUACUGUCGCACCAUUCUUGUCAGAGACUCCCACGGGACCGUGAAGGAGCUGGUGUUCCCCAAAGCCCUGGACCUGGACCGUCCCAAACGCGCGCGGACGACGUUCUCCAACGACCAGCUGGACGUGCUGGAGGAGGAGUUCAAGCAGAACCAGUACCUGGUGGGCAAAGACAGGACGGGGCUGGCACACAGGCUGGGCCUCACGGAGACUCAGGUCAAAGUUUGGUUUCAGAAUCGUCGUACAAAGUACAAGAAGGACAGAGAGCGCCACGAACUCCUCACAGACUCCACAGCGGAGAGCAAAGCCGCCCAGAACGUGCUGAAAAUGCUGGAGUACAAAACAUCUAUUUUGAGCAGCGCACCAACAAACAACGCAACUUGGCAACAGUCAGGAGUGGCGUGGACACCCAAUCUGGUUCUGUCAAAAGACGCGCAUGCGCAUGGUACAGUAACGUCUCAACAAGGGGCGCUUCCGAGGCACUCUCUCGGGCCUUGCGGAACAAGAUCUACACCAGUUGAUGUCGAUAGUGAGGAGGAGAACGCAAUACUACGGAAGGAGGAUGAGCUUGUCGAGUCUGGAAGAUUGUUUCAAUUCAGCAAAGGGAGGCUUUCGUCCCCGGAAAAUUCUGGGCAUUUUCAGGCGCCUGAAGGAGAAGGAGAGGCUGAUGAAUCCUCUGGUAUUGGCGAUCUGCAAGGACAGUUAAGCAGAAGAUUGGAGGCAACAACAACCACAUUUGGAGUUACUGCUCCUCGCAUUGAUGGAAUCAGGAUGCGCUGCGCAGAUGCACCAACACCCGGGCAAGUGAACUCUAACCUCACUCUCCUUCAUGAAGUCCGACGUCCCAAUGUAGAGUACAGACCCUCGUGGAGUCAACAUCCAUCCGCAGCACAAUGGUCCCCAUCCUCGUCCUCUUUGCUUACGAGACACAACAGUCACUGGACCAUACAAGUGCCGGAGUCAUCGGUUUACGCACAUCGAGCUGUAUGCCCAUCGGGUAUUCACAGUGCAACAAUGCACAGCCGAUACCAAUCUGGGGUCGAGGAAGCGAUUCAAUUUGGGGUACAAAACGUUUCCCAAAGUCUACCCUGUAUUGAGGAUGUUCAUCGACCUGCUCAUGCAAUGAGUUGGCUCCCGAGCUUUAAUGCCACAUACAGUGCUGCUAUCAGGCCCGAUGUUAUUAAAGGCAGAGAAAUAAUUAACACACGGAUGGCGUGGGGAGUGUUUCAGCCUCCUCCAAACUCAACAGCGGACCCGGUAGCAAAUAACAACAUGUCACAAUUUCCCAGGAUAGACCCAGGACAUCGACAUUCUUCUUCCAUUGUCCCGAGUCAAAGGCAGAUUCUGCCAACUUCCUACAGCUACAACCCAGCCUUCUGCGAUAGAUCCUUUCUGGCUCGGACAUAAACAGACCCGCAAAGAUACCAAAUCGGUACAAGCAUUCUCAUGCCCUUAAUUAUUUUCUCUCCAAACACGUUUUAAUUGGAAAAAGAACAGGAACCAGAAAACAGUGCUUAUUCAAGAUUAAAACAUGCUUGUACUGUUUUCUGUUAUCGUUGCAAAACAUUUCUUUUCCUGCAUGUAAUUAGGCGAACAAGUGCUGUUCCAUGGAAAUGUCCUAUGUUCAGUCUUGUAAAGUGUAAGUGUAAAGGUUUAAUGCCCCUAUCAACAACAUUAAGUUAUUAAAGAGAUGGAACUUCUGAAUUUAACGUCCAUCUCCGAUAGGACCAAGGAAAAUAGGUUGAGAGCCUUGAACACUUCACAAAAUAACCCGAGUUCAAGAACGCCAAGUCUGGGAUUCGAAACCGGCCAUCCGAUCCAUAGACCAGAAUAAUACUAAUUCAGCUAACGGAACACCUGUUCCGUCUAGAAUGGCGUUUAACUGAGGCAACAUAAAGUAAACAUCUUAGUAAGUCAUCACUACUUGAACAAAUCUCUCGAACAGAAGACUAUCUUGUUUAGUUCUGCUAAUUUCAUUCUUUUGAGGUUUUUGGAGUAUCAAGAGGAAAAUGCAAAACAACAACAUUGCUAUCUAAAUCUCUUUAGUUCCGUAAACCUCCCUGCCCCUCCUUCUUCCUCUCUUCCUUCCCCCAAACUGUCUGUUAGUCUGCCUGUUUGUCUGCAUGCGCCUGUUGAUUCCUUCACUCAUCUCUUUCAUUCUGGUCUUUCUCUUGUACGUGAAGAUUUCGUUGUUCUGUUCUUGACGACUUCCUCAGCUUGUGUGGUCGUCUUCAGUGUACGUUUUUUUCAUAGGGGGAGGGGAGGGCUGGUGGCGGGAAAUAGUGGGCGCAGUGGGGGGGGGGGGGGGGGUAGGUGAAGAUACUGUAGUACAAUUAUGAGACAAAAAUGGCAUAAAAGUAACACAUUAUGCUAAAAGAUACAAUUUCGGACGUUGCAUGAGCGAUUAAAUAAACCCUCAGAUCCCC